GAUUGGCGAAGGACGUCGGGAUUGUGGCGUGACGACCGCCAUGUUGAAUUAACGGAUUUUGUGUAGUUGUUUUUUGUUUUGGAUUUAUUUUGGUGGAUCGCGAUAAACUAUUAGUAUAAAACGUCACAUGAAGUAUUUAAAGGGGAAACUACCCCUUUCGUAACCUUUUGGCACGUUUUCUUGUAUAAAGAAUGGCAAGUCAGUGGUCCAACAAUUCAGCAAUUGGUCAAAGCUUGCAACACUUGCAGAAUAAUAGUAAUAAUCGCCAUCAAGAAAAUAAUAAUGCUAGUUCAACAAAAAAUUCUACAUCCAGUAGCAGUAGUAGCAGUGGUAUUAGUAGUGGUGGAAGUUGCAGCAGCAGCACCACCACCACCAGCAGCAGCAGCAGCAGUAGUAGUAGUAGUAGCUGCAGUAGCACAAAAACAUGUGGAGUUACAUCACCCAUCAGUACAGCAGGACCAAAGCCAAUUGACAUACAGAGAACUAAAGAACUUGAAGAAUCGCUAAAACAGUAUGGCUUAUUUGAAUCUGAUAUGGAGUUAGAUCAUAGAAUGGAAGUUCUCAGCAAAAUUAAUGAAUUGUUUAAACAGUGGAUCAAAGACAUAAGCAUAAAAAAGAAUAUGCCACCAAGUGUUGCUGAAAGGGUCGGAGGAAAAAUAUGUACUUUUGGUUCUUACAGAUUAGGAGUUCAUACUAAAGGUGCGGAUAUUGACACACUAUGUAUUGCGCCAAGGCAUAUUGAUAGGUCAGACUUUUUUGGUAGUUUUGUUGAUCUUUUGAAACAGCAGCCAGAAGUAAAAGACCUUAGAUCAGUAGAAGAUGCAUUUGUACCAGUAAUCAAAAUGACCUUUGAUGGUAUUGAAUUGGAUAUGCUAUUUGCAAGGUUAGCACUGAAAGAUAUAUCUGAAGAACAAGAAUUAAGAGAUGUAAAUCUUCUGAAAAACUUAGAUCCAAAAUGUGUUCGUAGUUUAAAUGGAUGUAGAGUGACAGAUGAAAUUCUUCAUUUGGUACCAAAUAAAGAAAAUUUUAAAUUAGCAUUGAGAGCCAUUAAACUUUGGGCCAAAAAACAUGGUGUAUAUUCCAAUGUCCUAGGAUAUUUGGGAGGUGUUUCAUGGGCAAUGCUGGUAGCAAGAACUUGCCAGUUAUAUCCAAAUGCAGUAGCAGCUACAUUAGUUAAUAAAUUUUUUCUUGUUUUUUCUCAAUGGCCUUGGCCAAAACCCGUUCUUUUAAAACAACCCGAAGAAGCUAAGUUAGGAUUUUCUGUUUGGGAUCCAAGAGUAAAUGUUUCGGAUAGGUUUCAUCUUAUGCCUAUAAUAACACCAGCCUAUCCCCAUCAGAAUUCUACCUUUAAUGUGUCUUUAUCUACUAGAAUGGUCAUGAGUGAAGCUUAUAGAACGGGAUUAGCAAUCUCUGAUGAUAUCAUAUUGGGAAAAGCAGAUUGGAGUAAAUUAUUCGAACCACCUAAUUUUUUUGGAAAAUAUAAGCAUUUUAUUGUUUUAAUUGUAACAGCAUCUUCUAAAGAGCAUCAUUUGGAAUGGUAUGGUUUAAUUGAGUCUAAAAUCAGAUUACUAAUAGGAAAUCUUGAACGUCAUUCCUGUAUAGAAUUAGCUCACGUAAAUCCAGAGUCUUUUACUCCAAUAGAACAAGAUCCAAAUGAAAUCCAAUCCAUGUGGUUUAUUGGUUUGAAGUUUAAAACUGUUGAGAGUGUUAACAUUGAUCUCACUUCGGAUAUUCAGUUGUUCACUAAUACCGUAACUCAUCAAGCUUUGACCAACUUUACCUUUAAAACUGGUAUGAGAAUUGAAGCAAAACAUGUAAGAAGGAAAGAAUUGAGUAAAUAUUUGCCACCAAGUAUUUUAAACAUGCAUAAGAAAAAGGAGAGAUCAAGUGCCACGCCAAAUUCAACCCCUCAAAGUAGUCCUGGCACAACACCUACUUAUUCAGAUAGAAAAACAAAUUCAAAUUUGAAUUCAAGUAUCAUGUCUUCGGACAGUAAUGCAUCACUUCCCGGAAACAAAUAUGAUAAGGAAGAUUCUACAUCACCUCAUAAAAGAAGAAGAGACUCUGGUGAUGGUGAAAUAGAAGUGAAACGAUCGCGAUGUAGCGAAACCAGCACGCCUUCAUCUUUUGCGUCAUUUGGAAUUGCAUCAAAUCAGUCUGAUGUAAGAUUGCCUUUUUUAGAGAAGACAAAUGAGGACUCUGAAGAUACAACUAAUGACUCACAGAUGAGUACAAUGGAUGUAUCAAUUACUACAUCAGAGUGCAAUCCACCUCCAGAAAGAACGCUAACAGAAUUUGAUGAUACAAGUCGGUCCUCUAACAUCAGUGUAGAGCAAAAUGAAAACAGUAAUUCAAAUAUCCAUAAUCAUCAGUCGGUUUCGAGUGUAAUUUCAGACAGAAAGAGACUGCAAGGUGGAGACAUCUUGAGAAAAACGGAUUCCAACAAGCCAAAGAAUUCCAUCCCGCUCGAUCUAAAGUGAAAUAAAAAAUACAGAAAUCGAAACAGCGGGUGAAUCCAAAUCCUUCCUAGCUUACAAUGUUUUAAAAAACCCUCUGCUGGAACAGAGGCAAAAUAAGACCAAGAUGCUGUAAGUAUAACGUUGACAACCAAGCAGUCUCCGUCGGGAAGGAUUCGUGAUGUCUACCCCAUAUGCCCUUGUCUCGUGGGCUAUGAAACAAGUGGAAAAAACAAACAAAAAAAAACUAUAGGUAAAAGUACCGUGCAUGGGGCCGCGACUUGAAGCAGCUGAGGAGAAGCGCAUGUCGUCUUAAUUGAUAUUGAAUUCAAUACAUCACAGAUUAUAUAUAUAAACCAAAAUAUAUAUAUAAGUAAAUAUGUAAAGGUCAUUCUAUCAUCAGUGUUUUGACAGUAACCAAAUUUUUACACUUAACUUUGUUUUCUUUUACAAGUUGUAUUGUGGAAGGGGGGAUCUAAGCAAAUAAAUUGAACAGAUUUACCUGAUGUAUAGUUUCUCUUUCAGUGUGAACUAAUAAAGUUUCAAGUAGCCGAA